AUGAACCGCUCCCCAGAGCAAUGAGAAAUAUUGGGCACUUCAUCAGGUGAGUUCAGGUGCAUUUCUAGAGAUUGUCCAGGUGAAGCGGUAUCACUUUCAUGGGCUGAUAACAAGAAUAGAGAACCAUCCAUAUCCACAAGCGGCAGAACCUCUUCCAGCAAAACGGAGGUGCCUCACCCAAAGGUGGCCGAGGAGGCCGUCGGAGGACCACAAAGCUGCAAGUGGCUUUUCUGGGGCCUGCAGGGAACAGUUGGAGGAUGCUUGGAAGGGCACCCACACCGGGUCUCACAGGAGUCUGCACCUACAGGUCACGCUGGCAUUAGCCCCUCAUCCUCUGGAGUUCAUCUCAUCCAGGCGAAGACAGCUCGCUGGCCUCAGAGGGUCUCAUCUGCUGAGCAGUGCCUCCUCCCGAUUCAGCACGUCCCUGGUGCUGACUUUCUGCAUGUGUUCACUUUGAGGAUGCAUUGUGGGCCUGCAAGAAAUGCAAAGCUGGUUGAGGCUUUAUUAAAUUCAAAUUCAAACUGUUAA